CGAGAGCCGCGCGCGCCGCCGCCGUUCCCGCCGCUGAGGCAGCGGCCGCGCUCCCCCCGCCCGCCCUCCCCCACCCGCGGCGGGGUCGCUCUCCCGUUGCCGCUCUCGCUUCUCUCUCUCUUUCCGCGCGCCUCUCGCGAGGCUUCCGGGCCGCGCUGCCGCCAGCGCCUCGCGAGAUCUCGCUCUCAUCAGCGUGCCGCAGCUCCCGGCUCCCUCCCCCUCGCAGCGACCGGGCCGGGCCGAGGAUGGACUGGGAGUGAUUCCCGGCGGAGCACGAGGACCGGAACCCCCAAAAUGAAAGUGGAUCGGACGAAACUGAAGAAAACCCCCACGGAGGCGCCCGCCGACUGCCGGGCCCUCAUCGAGAAGCUGAAGGGCUGCAGCGAUGAGCAGCUGGUGACAGAACUGCAGCAGAUCAAGACAUGGAACAUUGGGAAGUGCGAGCUGUACCACUGGGUGGACCUGCUGGACCGCUUCGACGCGCUGCUGGCCGAGGCGGGCCGGCCGGUGGAGGCCAUGAGCUGGAUGCUGGCCUGCGACCGGCCCGAGCGGCAGCCCCUCAAGGCCCUGCUGCUGGCCCUGCUCAACUUCACUGCGCUGCUCAUCGAGUACAGCUUCUCCCGCCACCUGUACAGCUCCAUCGAGCACCUGACCACGCUGCUGGCCUCCUCGGACAUGCACGUGGUGCUGGCCGUGCUCAACCUGCUCUACGUGUUCAGCAAACGCUCCAACUACAUCACGCGCCUGGGCUCCGAGCGCCGCGGGCCCCUGCUGGCCCGCCUGCAGCACCUGGCCGAGAGCUGGGGUGGAAAGGAGAAUGGAUUUGGGUUGGCUGAGUGCUGCCGGGACCUGCACAUGAUGAAAUACCCACCCAGCGCCACCACCCUGCACUUCGAGUUCUACGCUGAGCCGGGCGUCGAGGUGAAGGUGGACAAGAGGGCCACCAGCACCACCCUGCACUACAUCCACAUCGAGCAGCUGGACAAGAUCUCAGAGAGCCCCUCGGAGAUCAUGGAGUCCCUGACCAAGAUGUACAGCAUCCCCAAGGACAAGCAGAUGCUGCUGUUCACCCACAUCCGCCUGGCCCACGGCUUCUCCAACCACAAGAAGCGGCUGCAGGCGGUGCAGGCGCGGCUCCACGCCAUCUCCAUCCUGGUGUACUCCAAUGCGCUGCAGGAGUCGGCCAACAGCAUCCUGUACAACGGGCUGAUCGAGGAGCUGGUGGAUGUGCUGCAGAUCACCGACAAGCAGCUGAUGGACAUCAAGGCGGCCUCCCUGCGGACGCUGACGUCCAUCGUGCACCUGGAGCGGACGCCGAAGCUCAGCAGCAUCAUCGACUGCACCGGCACCGCCUCCUACCACGGCUUCCUGCCCGUGCUGGUGCGCAACUGCAUCCAGGCCAUGAUCGACCCUUCCAUGGAGCCCUACCCACACCAGUUCGCCACGGCGCUCUUCUCCUUCCUGUACCACCUGGCCAGCUAUGACGCGGGCGGCGAGGCGCUGGUGUCGUGCGGCAUGAUGGAGGCGCUGCUCAAGGUGAUCAAAUUCCUGGGGGACGAGCAGGACCAGAUCACGUUCGUCACGCGUGCGGUGCGGGUGGUGGAUCUCAUCACCAACCUGGACAUGGCUGCCUUCCAGUCACACAGCGGGCUGUCCAUCUUCAUCUACCGCCUCGAGCACGAGGUGGACCUGUGCCGCCGCGAGUGUCCCUUCGUCAUCAAGCCCAAAGUGCAGCGCCCGCCUGCUGCCACCCUGCCCGAGGGCGAGGACAUGGAGACGGACAUGGAGGUGACCGACGUGGCCAUGGAGAGCAGCCCUGGCCCCUCAGCCGAAGCCCGGCAGGACCCGGUGCCACCAACCCCACCUGCUGUGCCCAGCACCAGCGCUGCCACCCCCUCCCCACGCGGUGGAGUGCAGUGCAUCCCCCAGAGCGCCGCUUUGCUCAAAUCCAUGCUGAACUUCCUGAAAAAAGCCAUCCAAGACCCCGCCUUCUCCGACGGCAUCCGGCACGUGAUGGACGGCUCGCUGCCCACCUCGCUGAAGCACAUCAUCAGCAACGCCGAGUACUACCGCCCCUCGCUGUUCCUGCUGGCGACCGAGGUGGUGACGGUCUUCGUGUUCCAGGAGCCCUCGCUGCUGUCCUCGCUGCAGGACAACGGCCUCACCGACGUCAUGCUGCACGCUCUGCUCAUCAAGGACGUGCCAGCGACGCGGGAGGUGCUGGGCUCUCUGCCCAACGUGUUCAGCGCGCUGUGCCUGAACGCGCGGGGGCUGCAGAGCUUCGUGCAGUGCCAGCCCUUCGAGCGCCUCUUCAAGGUGCUGCUGUCCCCCGACUACCUGCCCGCCAUGCGCCGCCGCCGCAGCUCCGACCCCCUGGGUGACACAGCCUCCAACCUGGGCAGCGCCGUGGACGAGCUGAUGCGGCACCAGCCCACGCUCAAGACCGACGCCACCACCGCCAUCAUCAAGCUGCUGGAGGAGAUCUGCAGCCUGGGCCGGGACCCCAAGUACAUCUGCCAGAAGCCGUCGAUGCAGAAGGCGGAGGGGACGGCGGCUGCGCCGCCCCCGCGCUCGCCCCACGCCGCCGAGGAGGCCUCGAGCGAGGAUGAGGAGGAGGAGGAAGUGCAGGCCAUGCAGAGCUUCGGGGCUGCCCAGCAGAGCGAGGCAGAGCCCAGCCAGACCGUGGUGGGCACGGAGGAACGCAUCCCCAUCCCACUCAUGGACUACAUCCUCAACGUGAUGAAGUUCGUGGAGUCCAUCCUGAGCAACAACACCACGGACGAUCACUGCCAGGAGUUCGUGGCGCAGCGGGGGCUGCGGCCGCUCGUCACCAUCCUGGGGCUGCCCAACCUGCCCGUGGACUUCCCCACCUCUGCAGCCUGCCAGGCCGUGGCUGGGGUCUGCAAAUCCAUCCUGACCCUGUCCCACGAGCCCAAGGUGCUGCAGGAGGGGCUGGUGCAGCUCGAGGCCGUGCUCUCCGCCCUGGAGCCGCUGCACCGCGCCCAUCCAGCGGGGCGCUCGGGGGCUGCGGGCUGGGGGCUCGGGGGCGGGCCGCGCCGCUGUCCACCCCAGCCCUGGGGGCCCAGGCCACCCCUGCUGCCGCCCCCUGACGGCCCGGACGCCUUCAUCAUGAUGUUUGUGCACACCUGCAGGGUGGGACAGAGCGAGAUCAGGGCCAUCUCGGUGAACCAGUGGGGGUCCCAGCUGGGGCUGAGCGUGCUGGGCAAGCUGAGCCAGCUCUACUGCUCGCUGGUGUGGGAGAGCACCGUGCUGCUGUCCCUGUGCACGCCCAACAGUCUCCCCCCAGGCUGUGAGUUUGGCCAGGCUGACAUGCAGAAACUGGUGCCCAAGGAGGAGAAAACGGCGCCGAGCCCCCCCCAGGGCGGCCGCAGGGCAGAGGGCGAGGCAGAGGGCCCCUGCAGGGGGGGUUGGCACUGGGCGGCGCUGGCCAAGCUCCCCGGGCUGCUGGUCGCUGCGCUCUGCCCCCGUGCCCCUGGCGGCAGCCGUCUGCCCACCCGUGGUCUCACUGUCCCCGUGUCCCCGCAGCCGCGCGGCCCCCGGCUCCCUUUCGCCCUUGGGGCUACCGGCCUCGGCCGCCUGACCCGGCUGCUGACCAAGGGGCUGAGCUGGCAACCGCCCCCCUACACCCCCACGCCGCGGUUCCGGACCUUUAACUGGGCGCUGUCCAUGGGGGGCAAGGUGCCGGUGGGGGAAGGUCUGGAGCACCCUGACCUGCCGGACGGCACCGGCGAGUUCCUGGACGCGUGGCUGAUGCUGGUGGAGAAGAUGGUGAACCCCAGCACGGUGCUGGAGUCGCCCCACGCGCUGCCUGCCAAGGCCCCCCCGCACGGACACCCCCCCUUCAGCGCCCUGCGCUUCCUCGUGGUCACCCAGAAGCUGAUGGACAUGGGUUUCUCGCGGGAGCACGCCAUGGAGGCGCUGCUCAACACCAACACCAUGGAGCAGGCCACGGAGUACCUGCUCACGCACCCGCCGCCGCUCAUGGGGGGCUCCGCGCGGGACCUGAGCAUGUCCGAGGAGGAUCAGAUGAUGAGAGCCAUCGCCAUGUCCCUGGGCCAGGACAUCCCCAUGGAGCAGCGGGCCGAGUCCCCGGAGGAGGCCGCGUGCCGCAAGGAGGAGGAGGAGCGGCGGGCGCGGGAGCGGCAGGAGGAGGAGGAGGCCAAGUGCCUGGAGAAGUUCGAGGGGGCCGAGCCCCUGGAGGCGGCCGAGCUCGGCGCCUUCACGGACUCGAUGCUGCCGGGCUGCUCGCAGCUGCUGGACGAGCUGCCCGACACCGUGUACCGCGUCUGCGACCUGCUCAUGACGGCCGUGCGCCGCAACGGCCCGGCCUACCGGGACAGCGUGCUCAAACAGGUGGUGCAGCAGGUGUGGGAAGCAGCCGAUGUCCUGAUCAAGGCGGCCGUGCCGCUGACCACCAGCGACACCAAGACGGUGUCCGAGUGGAUCAGCCAGAUGGCCACCCUGCCCCAGGCCUCCAACCUGGCCACGCGCAUCCUGCUGCUCACCCUGCUCUUCGAGGAGCUGAAGCUGCCCUGUGCCCGCGUGGUGGAGUCCAGCUGCGUGCUGGACGUGCUGAUCAAGCUGCUGGAGGUGGUGCAGCCCUGCCUGCAGGCUGCCAAGGAGCACAAGGAGGUGCAGACCCCCAAGUGGAUCACCCCUGUGCUGCUGCUGAUCGAUUUCUAUGAGAAGACGGCCGUGUCCUCCAAGCGCCGCGCGCAGAUGAACAAGUACCUGCAGGCCACUGGGAACAACUGGCGCUGGUUUGACGACCGCUCGGGCCGCUGGUGCAGCUACAGCGCCAGCAACAACAGCACCAUCGACGCGGCCUGGCGGGCCGGGGAGCCCAGCGUGCGCUUCACGGCCGGCAGGCGGCGCUACACCGUGCAGUUCACCACCAUGGUGCAGGUGAACGAGGAGACCGGGAACCGGCGCCCGGUGAUGCUGACGCUGCUGAGACCCCCCCGCGGCGGGAAGGGCGCGCGACGAGGGGGGGCUCCGGACCCCCCUUCUACAGACGAAGACCCCCCUUCCACCACCACCACCAGCACCAGCAGCACCACUCCCACCGGCCCCUGCCCGUCCCCUCCCUGCCCCACUCCCACUCCCGAGGAGCCGCGGGACGAGCCGGGCGCGGACGCCGAGGCUCCGGUGCGGGGCCUGGCGGAGGAGGCGGUGCCGGCCGUGCUGCGGGCAUGCGUCAGCAUGCUGGGCGUGCCCGUGGACCCCGACACGCUGCACGCCACGCUGCGCCUGUGCCUGCGCCUGACGCGGCAGCACAAGCACGCGCUGCUGUUCGCCGAGCUGCGCUCCACGCGCACCAUCCUGGCGCUCACACAGAGCUCCGGCUUCACCGGCUUCACGCCGCUCGUCACGCUGCUCUUCCGGCACAUCAUCGAGGACCCCUGCACGCUGAGGCACACCAUGGAGAAGGUGGUUCGGUCAGCGGCCACGAGCGGGGCGGGCAGCACCACCUCGGGGGUGGUUUCUGGCAGCCUGGGCUCUCGGGAGGUGAAUUACAUCCUGCGGGUGCUGGGCCCCGCCGCCUGCCGCAGCCCCAACGUCUUCACCGAGGUGGCCACGGGCUGCAUCCGCAUCGCCCUGCCCGCGCCGCGCGGCUCCGGCACCGCCUCUGACGACGAGUUUGAGAACCUGCGGAUCAAGGGGCCCAACGCGGUGCAGCUGGUGAAGACCACGCCGGCCAAGGCGGCCGCGCUGCCGCCCAUCCCCGAGCCCAUCCGCGAUGUCAUCUACGACAUGCUCAACGCCCUGGCUGCCUACCACGCCCCCGAUGAGGGUGACAAGGGGGACCCCAAGAGCGCGGCGCCCAGCGAGGUGAGCCAGCUGCUGUCGGACAUUGGCGACGACAUGUACCAGCAGUACCGCAGCCUCACCCGCCCGCCCGCUGACUUCGACCCCCCUGCCGGCUUCGCCAUCAACGCCCAGGUUUUUGCUGCUGAUGGAGCCGCGGCAGAGACGCCGCCCUCGGGAACGCCCCAGGGAGAAGCAUCCAGCCCCGAGGAGGGCCGCGAGGGCCGCAAGGAGAAGGAGGGGGAGCGCGGCGAGGAGCGGGGCCGGGCGAGGGGCUCCAAGCCCCUGAUGCCCACCUCGACCAUCCUGCGGCUGCUGGCAGAGCUGGUGCGCUCCUACGUGGGCAUCGCCGCCCUGAUCGCCAACUACAGCUACAGCGUGGGCCAGUCCGAGCUCAUCAAGGAGGACUGCAGCGUGCUGGCCUUUGUGCUGGACCACCUGCUGCCGCACCAGCAGAACGCCGAGGACAAGGACACGCCGGCGCUGGCGCGGCUCUUCCUGGCCAGCCUGGCCGCGGCCGGCAGCGGCACCGACGCCCAGGUGGCCCUGGUGAACGAGGUCAAGGCCGCGCUGGGCCGCGCCCUGGCCAUGGCCGAGAGCACCGAGAAACACGCCAGGCUGUCCCCACAGGCUCAGGCCGUCAUGUGCAUCAUCAGCACCAUCAUGGAGUCGUGCCCGUCCACCUCGAGCUUCUACAGCAGCGCGGCCAAGCCGGCCCACAACGGCAUGAACAACAUCAUCCGCCUGUUCCUCAAGAAGGGGCUGGUCAACGACCUGGCCCGCGUGCCCCACAGCCUCGACCUGUCCAGCCCCAACAUGGCGAUCGGUGACCGCGCUGAAGGGGCUGAGCUGGGUGUCCGCCGCGUGAACCAGCCCAGCGGGCUCUUCGGGGCCAAGGGCUCCUCCAGCAAGAGCAAGGCCGAGGGCAACGGGGGAGCCCGCGAGGCAGGGGCUGCGCCCCCCGACGGAGGGGACCCCGGGGACCCCGAGCCCCCGAGGAGGACGCGGAGGCGGCGCAGGCAGGCGGCCGACGGGGACAUGGACGGCGAGGCCGAGGGGGACGCGGUGGUGCUGGCCGGGCAGCCCGAGGGGCUCAGCACGCAGGAGAUGCAGGUGGAGAAUGAGCUGGAGGAUCUCAUUGAUGAACUGCUGGAGAGGGACGGCGCCGACGGCAACAGCGCCAUCAUCGUGAGCCGCUCGGCCGAGGACGAGUCUCAGGAGGACGUUCUGAUGGACGAGGCUCCCUCCAACCUCAGCCAGGCGUCCACACUGCAGGCCAACCGGGAAGAUUCCAUGAACAUCCUGGACCCCGAGGAUGAGGAGGAGCACACGCAGGAGGAAGACAGCAGCGGCAGCAACGAGGACGAGGACGACAGCCAGGACGAGGAGGAGGAGGAGGAAGAGGAGGAUGAGGAUGAUCAGGACGAUGAGGAGGGCGAGGAAGGCGAGGAGGAGGAAGAGGAUGAUGAUGAUGGCUCGGAGAUGGAGCUGGACGAGGAUUACCCCGACAUGAACGCCUCGCCCCUCGUGCGCUUCGAGCGCUUCGACCGCGACGACGACCUCAUCAUCGAGUUCGACAACAUGUUCUCCAGCCCCACCGACAUCCCGCCGUUCCCCGGGAACAUCCCGGCCAGCCACCCUCUGCUGGUGCGGCACGCGGAGCACGGGGGGCUGGGGCUGGGCGCCGGCCCGGGGGGCGCCCGCCUGGCGCAGGGGCUGGGCCGGAGCCAGCGCACGCUGCGGCAGCUGACGGCCAACGCCGGCCACACCAUCCACGUGCACUACCCGGGGGCACGGCAGCCCAACCCGCCCCUGAUCCUGCAGCGGCUCCUGGGCCCCUCGGCGGCCGCAGACAUCCUGCAGCUGAGCAGCAGCCUCCCGCUGCAGAGCCGGGGCCGGGCGCGGCUGCUCGUGGGCAACGAGGACGUUCACAUCAUCGCCCGCUCCGACGACGAGCUGCUCGACGACUUCUUCCACGAGCAGGGCAGCGCGGGCAGCCAGGCAGGGACCCUGUCCAGCAUCCCCACAGCCCUGACGCGCUGGACCGAGGAGUGCAAGGUCCUGGAUGCUGAGAGCAUGCACGACUGCGUGUCUGUGGUCAAGGUGCCCAUCCUGGCCCGGCUGGAGGCGCUGCGGGACGAGGAGCUGGACGAGCGGCGCGAGAAGCGCCGGCGCCAGGCGGCCGAGGACGAGGCCAAAGGCGCCGCCGAGCGCGGCCCCGAGGACAAGGACGGGGCGGAGGCCCAGCAGGACGCGGCGUCCAAAGCCGGCCCCGCUUCGGCCGACGUCACCCCCCCAGAACACAGCGGGACCCCGGGAGAGACCCCCCCUCCCGGUCCCCACCGGACACUGGUGAUGCUGGAACCGACGCCGACCCCCCCAGACCCCCCAGGAGCCCCCCAAAUCCCCGCCCGCCCCCCCCAGCCCCCAGAGCACGAAGAGGGGGGGCCUGGACGACCCCCCCAAGACGCCGAGGCCACUCAGAUGGAGCUGUCACCCGCCCCCACCAUCACGUCGCUGUCCCCGGAGCGCGCGGAGGACUCGGACGCGCUGACGGCCGUGAGCAGCCAGCUGGAGGGUUCCCCCAUGGACACGUCCAGUUUGGCCUCGUGCACCUUGGAAGAGUCUGGGGGGGCUCCCUCUGCCCCCACGGCCCCCCAGAACCCCCCUGGAACCCCUCAAGGACCCCCUCCUGCCCCCCCCGACACCGCUCAGCCUCCGGACGAUAGCUCCCCCCCAGCCUCAUCCUCGGAGAGUUCGUCCACCCGGGACUCGGCCGGGGCCAUUUCCGGGGCUGACUCGCGGGGGAUCCUGGAGGAGCCGCUGCCGUCCACCAGCAGCGAGGAGGAGGAUCCGCUGGCCGGGAUCAGCCUCCCCGAGGGCGUGGACCCCUCGUUCCUGGCGGCGUUACCCGAUGACAUCAGGCGGGAGGUGCUGCAGAACCAGCUGGGGAUCCGCCCACCCGCGCGGGCCCCGCCCACCGCCAGCCCCGCCCCGCCCGUGGUGGCCAAUCCCGGCCUCACCGAGGUCAGCCCCGAGUUCCUGGCGGCGCUGCCCCCGGCCAUCCAGGAGGAGGGUGUGACACGUCCCCAGUGUGACACAUCCCUGGUGUCACCACUCUGUGACACGUCCCCAGUGUCCCCCCUCCACGCCGUGUCCCCUCUGUGUGACACUCGUGUCCCCGUCCCCGCAGCGUUCACCAGCCGGCUCAGCGGGAACCGCGGCGUUCAGUACACGCGGCUGGCGGUGCAGAGGGGGGGCACCUUCCACAUGGGGGGCACCGGCACCCACAGCAGGCCGGCGGGCAGCAGCGUGGACAGCCUGCUGCGCCUGCGCGGGCGGCUGCUGCUGGACCACGAGGCUCUGUCCUGCCUGCUGGUGCUGCUCUUCGUGGACGAGCCCAAGCUGAACACCAGCCGCCUGCACCGCGUCCUGCGCAACCUCUGCUACCACGCUCCCACGCGGGGCUGGGUGGUGCGCAGCCUCCUGUCCAUCCUGCAGCGCAGCAGCGAGAGCGAGCUGUGCCUCGAGACCCCUCGCGGGACCCCCGGCCCGGGCACCGAGGAGCGGCGCGGGGCCGCGGCGGCGGCGUGAGGAAACCGCGCCGGGCCCGGCUCGGCCGCGGAGCCGCGCGGGCUGGACCUGCUGCACCGCAUGGAGUCGCGCAGCUCCGGGCAGCUCUCGUGGCUCUCCGUGUCCAUGGACGCUGCCUUGGGCUGCAGGACCAACAUCUUCCAGAUCCAGCGCGUGCCCGGCCGCAAGCACACGGAGAAGCACGCGGCGGCCGCCGGCUCCGCCGUGCACAUCCACCCGCAGGCCGCGCCCGUGGUGUGCCGGCACGUGCUGGACACGCUCAUCCAGCUGGCCAAGGUCUUCCCCAGCCACUUCACCCAACAACGAGGCCGAGACCCCGCCGCCGACCCGGAGCGCGACCGCGGCCCCCCCAAAUCGGGGGGCAGCCCUUGCCCUCCCCCAACCCCCCAAACCCCACCGGCACCCCCACCGCCUCCCCCCCCCACAAGCGGCGCCCCCUCCCAAGCCCUGCCCCCCCAGUCCCAAUCCGGCUCGCUGUCCACCGAUUUCUGGGACCUGCUGGUCAAGCUGGACAACAUGAACGUGAGCCGGAAGGGGAAGGGGUCAGCGCGGGCGGGGGGCGGCGGGGGGGGCCCCGAGCCCGAGGCGGCCGGGGGGGGCCUGGAGGCGUCGCCCCUGGGGCAGCUGAUGAACAUGCUGUCGCACGGCGUCAUCCGCCGCAGCCCCCUCCUCACCGAGAAGCUGCUGCGCCUCCUGUCCCUCAUCUCCAUCGCCCUCCCCGAGGGGGGCAAGGCCGGCGAGGGGGGGGCAGCGCCCCAGAACGGAGCCCCCGCCCCCCCCGCGCCCGCCCCGCCCGCUGCAGGGGGGGGCACAGGGACGGGGGCGGCGCCCGGGAGCCCCCCGGGACAGGGGGGCAACGGAGGAGGAGGAGGAGGAGGAGCGGCCACGGCUGGAGGAGCCGCGGCCCCUGCCAAGAGCUCCAAGUCCCCUGCCAAGGUCCCCGAGGGCGGCUCCGACCCCCGGCUGGCGGCCACGGGCCUGACCGAGAGCCAGCUCCAGCUCUCCGUGGAGGUGCUGACGUCGCACUCGUGCUCGGAGGAGGGGCUGGAGGACGCGGCCAACGUGCUGCUGCAGCUGUCGCGGGGGGACGCGGGCACGAGGGACACGGUGCUGCGGCUGCUGCUCAGCGGGGCCCGGCAGCUGGGGGGGGCCCUGUGCCGCCAGAUCGGGACGCUGCUGGCCGAGCUCCGCGAGUACAACCUGGAGCAGCAGCGGCGGGCGCAGCUCGAGGCCCCGUCCCCCGAGGGGCUCCCCGAGGAGCAGCCCCCCAGCGCCAAGCUCAAGGGCAAAAUGCAGAGCCGCUUCGACACGGCCGAGAGCGUGGUCAUCGUGGCGUCUCAGAAGCGCGCUCUGGGCGGCCGCGAGCUGCAGCUGCCCUCCAUGUCCGUGCUGACCUCCAAGACGUCCACGCAGCGCUUCUUCCUGCGCGUGCUGCAGGUCAUCAUCCAGCUGCGCGACGACACGCGCCGGGCGCACCGCAAGGCCAAGCAGCCCGGCCGGCUGGGCGCCGCGGGGCUGGGGGCGGCCGGCAGCAUCCAGGCCGCCGUCCGGCAGCUGGAGGCCGAGGCCGACGCCAUCAUACAAAUGGUACGUGAGGGCCAGAGGGCCCGGAGGCGGCAGCAGGGAGACACGUCGGAGGCCGGGCCCGCGGACGCCGCCCCCCGGCGCGAGGAGUCGCCCAUGGACGUGGACCAGCCCUCGCCCGCGCCGCAGGACGUGGGCCCCGAGGCCGCGCAGGGCGGUGACCGGGACAGGGACAGGGAGCGGGAGGAGCGGCCCCCGGAGCUGCCCCUGCUGAGCGAGCAGCUGAGCCUGGACGAGCUGUGGGACAUGCUGGGAGAGUGCCUCAAGGAGCUCGAGGAGUCCCACGACCAGCACGCCGUGCUCGUUCUCCAGCCGGCCGUCGAGGCGUUUUUCCUGGUGCACGCCACGGAGCGCGAGAGCCGCCCGCCGGUGCGGGACACGCGGGAGAGCCAGCUGGCGCACAUCAAGGACGAGCCGCCGCCGCUGAGCCCCGCACCCCUCACCCCCGCCACCCCCUCCGCCCUGGACCCCUUCUUCUCCCGGGAGCCCUCGGCCAUGCACAUCUCGGCCAGCCUGCCCCCGGACACGCAGAAAUUCCUGCGCUUCGCCGAGACCCACCGCACGGUGCUGAACCAGAUCCUGCGGCAAUCCACCACUCACCUGGCCGACGGCCCCUUCGCCGUGCUGGUCGAUUACAUCCGCGUGCUCGACUUCGACGUCAAGCGCAAGUAUUUCAGGCAGGAGCUGGAGCGCCUGGACGAGGGGCUGCGCAAGGAGGACAUGGCCGUGCACGUGCGGCGCGAUCACGUCUUCGAGGACUCGUACCGGGAGCUGCACCGCAAAUCGCCCGAGGAGAUGAAGAACCGACUGUACAUCGUGUUCGAGGGCGAGGAGGGCCAGGACGCGGGCGGGCUGCUGCGCGAGUGGUACAUGAUCAUCUCGCGCGAGAUGUUCAACCCCAUGUACGCCCUGUUCCGCACCUCGCCCGGCGACCGCGUCACCUACACCAUCAACCCCUCGUCCCACUGCAACCCCAACCACCUGAGCUACUUCAAGUUCGUGGGCAGGAUCGUGGCCAAGGCCGUCUACGACAACCGGCUGCUGGAGUGCUACUUCACGCGCUCCUUCUACAAACACAUCCUGGGCAAGUCCGUGCGGUACACGGACAUGGAGAGCGAGGACUAUCACUUCUACCAGGGCCUCGUGUACCUGCUGGAGAACGACGUCUCCACGCUGGGCUACGACCUCACCUUCAGCACUGAGGUGCAGGAAUUCGGGGUGUGCGAGGUGCGGGACCUGAAGCCCAACGGGGCCAACGUGCUGGUGACGGAGGAGAACAAGAAGGAGUACGUGCACCUCGUGUGCCAGAUGCGCAUGACCGGCGCCAUCAGGAAGCAGCUGGCGGCGUUCCUGGAAGGUUUCUACGAGAUCAUCCCCAAGCGCCUCAUCUCCAUCUUCACGGAGCAGGAGCUGGAGCUGCUCAUCUCGGGGCUGCCCACCAUCGACAUCGACGACCUCAAGGCCAACACCGAGUACCACAAGUACCAGGGCAACUCCAUCCAGAUCCAGUGGUUCUGGCGGGCCCUGCGCUCCUUCGACCAGGCCGACCGCGCCAAGUUCCUGCAGUUCGUGACGGGCACGUCCAAGGUGCCCCUGCAGGGAUUCGCCGCCCUCGAGGGCAUGAACGGCAUCCAGAAAUUCCAGAUCCACCGCGACGACCGCUCCACCGACCGGCUGCCCUCGGCGCACACCUGCUUCAACCAGCUGGACCUGCCGGCCUACGAGAGCUACGAGAAGCUGCGGCACAUGCUGCUGCUGGCCAUCCAGGAGUGCUCCGAGGGCUUCGGCCUGGCCUAGGGGGGCCCCGCCGCCCCCCCCGCAGGGGCUCUAUAAAUAUAUAUAUAUUUUUUGGUUCCAUUGGCUUUUUUUGGUUUGUUUUGGUUUUUUGGGGUUUUUUUUCGGGGUUUAUUAUUUUGUUGGUUUUUUUGGUUUUUUUCCCCUCUCUGGUCCCGGUUUGUGGGGGGGUUUUUGCUCUGUUGGAGGGUUGGGGGUUCCCUCUUCCCCCCUCCCCCCUGUGUGGGGGCUGGGGGGGGGCGGGGUGGGGAAAGGGGGAGCCCCCUGAAAUUAUA